AUGAGAGAGAUGCUUCUUCUCAAAGCGCGAUUCUCCUACUUGAAAAUUCUGCUAUACCGGCCCAUGUUGUCACAUAUGAUAAGGGCAACCAGCCCAGACUCCCGCGGGAUUUAUGCCAAAUACAGCCUUGAUUGCUCGGUAUACUGUACUGAGGCAGCCAUCGAUCUUGCCUCCAUAGUACACCAAACAUGCAAUAAUGACUUGGCCAGUGUAUGGUUCUACAACUUGUUCUACAUAUUUACGGCAGCAUCGAUAAUGCUCCUGGCUGAGCUUUCACCAUCGAUCAUUAUGGUCGUCACAAAGAAGUCCUUGGUGAAAUCUUGGGAGAAUUGUUACAGUUGUUUUGACCAUCUCAAACUGUAUAACGUUGCAGCAGAGCGAUGUGCUCAAAGCCUUCUUUUGGUUGGGUCGAGAUGCCUCGCCGCUGUAUCUGACAACCUUGGUGAUCAGUCUAAUGCCAGCACUAGUCGGCCGCCAAGCUCACUUCAGAAUGAGCUCGAAAAUCCGACUGUGUUGCCAGGAACGAGUGCAGAAAUGCCAUUCUCGGAAGAACUCUUCGGAGAUCUAAGAUUCGAUGACGACACAUUUUUGGAUCCAUAUUGGUUUGAACUUCAAUUCUAA